AUGCAGUUCGGACUUUCCGCCGUCUCGGCGGCUGCUCUCCUCAUGGGCACUGCCAGCGCAAACUGUCUCAACGACGGCGCCGCCUACCAGGUCGCGCAGAACUUCGCCGGCCUCUUCAGCCGCUUCACGCCUCAGUACACUGAUUCGGUCCUCACUCCCGACUUCCAGGACCAGUCCGACACCGUCAACUGGCUCAUGAGCAAUGGCUCCGGCUGCCCCAAGCAGGUAUGCAUGAUUCCUGGAUCCCGUCUUCUUCCUCUCCUUCACGUGCUCUUCCAUACUGACGGCUUGCCUUCAAUCAGCUCGGCCAACUGACCGAAGCCAACCGCGCGGAUUUCAUCCGCGACCAGUCCACGCAACCCAACAUGCCCUUCGUGAUCGAGAACGUCUGGCACGACUGCACCAACGUCUUCACCCGCUGGAAGUUCGACAUCCAGCCCCAGCAAGUCCAGGGAAUCGCUGUCCUGGGAACGGUCUACUCGGGUAACCCUGAGCAACCGUACCUCAUCCAGCACGUCUUCAGUGAAUUCAACUCUGGAGCUUUCUUGGUCGACCGCGGCGAUUACGUCCCCACUCCUCCGGCUGGAUGCCCUGGUGGGCCUGCUGCUGGGAGUGACGAUUCAUGUCAGUGA